AUUAAGACAAAACUACUUGCCGGUCACUCUUUCUCUUUCUCUCUCUUUCGCUCUCAGAGCACACUCACGCAGCACAUUAACUCUCGUUGAGCAUUUGAGAGAUGGAUACACAUAGAACGUCCACAGGCUAAAAUCCGUCUCAGGCAUUCCUUUUUCCAACUUUUUAAACAAAUUGCAACUUAAAGCCCUGAUUUUUUUUUUUUUUUUUUUUGCUCUCUUGGAGAUACCGUUUCUUCCUCCUUCCGCUCAAGUUUCAUCAUGGAUACUGCUCAAUGGCCACAGGAGAUAGUGGUGAAACCGAUAGAAGAGAUAGUCACAAAUACAUGCCCAAAGCCAGCCCCUUUAGAUAGGAAGACAAGGCCUCAAAAAGAAGCACCACCUUUGAAUUGUCCAAGGUGCAAUUCUACCAAUACCAAGUUCUGUUACUAUAACAACUACAGUCUCACACAACCGAGGUAUUUCUGUAAGACUUGUAGAAGGUACUGGACUGAAGGUGGGUCUCUGAGAAAUAUUCCUGUUGGAGGUGGUUCAAGGAAGAACAAGAGAUCUUCAUCAUCAUCAUCUUCUUCUUCCUCAUUUUCAUCUUCUUCUUCUUCAUCAUCAAAGAAGCUUCCUGAUCUUGUUACACCACCAAGACUGUCACAGUCUUCUACUCAAAACCCUAAGAUCAAUGAAGGACAAGAUCUCAACUUAGCUUUCCCAGUUUCUCAAGGUUUCAGAAGUAUCUCUGAAUUUGUUCAAGUUCCGGAUAUUGACAGCAACAACAACAAGAACCACCAAAUUCCUUCUUCUUCAUCAACUACAUCUCACCUUUCAGCUUUGGAGCUGCUCACCGGAAUUUCUUCAAGAGGGUUGAAUACUUUCAUGCCGAUGCAGGUUCCAGAUCCAGGCGCUGUUUAUACACCUGGCUUUGCUAUGCAAGAUUUUAAACCAACCCUAAAUUUCUCUUUAGAUGGACUUGGAGUAAAUGGGUAUGAGAGUCUCCCUGGUGUUCAACAGACUAGCACUGGAAGGCUGUUGUUCCCAUUUGAAGAAUUGAAACAAGUUUCUAGUUCAACUGAUAUUGAACAGACUAGAGAGCAUGGAGAUUCUUCUGGCUAUUGGACUGGAAUGUUAGGGGGAGGAUCAUGGUAAAAUAUAUAUGAUUAAAAAAUAAUUUGGGUCUUUUUCUUUAUUAUUAUUUUUUUUUGGGUUUUUUUUUCUUAACUUAAAUGAAUUUGUUAAGGUGGGUGACUUGUUUGGAUUUCUCAUUACUAACAAAUACUAGGGUACAUGGAUUUCUUUCUCUCUUUACUUUGCCUCUUUGUUUAUUAUCUUCCUUGCUCUUUGGUAAUGGCGUUGGAAUUUGAAGCUUAAUUUUUGGUUGGCUUCAGAAUGGUGGUGACAUGAGAUACUGAUCAUCAGUCAAGCUUGAUAUAUAAAUUGGCCCAGAUUCUUUUAGGGUAAAGUAAAUUACAAGUAGAAGAGGGCUUGCUUUAUGCCCUUUAUUUCAUGUUAUCAUGGAUCCACAGAAAGAGAGGAGAAGGGCAACCCGGUAUUUAUGUGUUACUGCUUGCUUGGUACAAAUUAUAAAUAAUGUAUAAUGUGCAAGUUUGUAAGGAGUUUCUUACAGGUGAAAAUUGCUUUGUGUUAUUAAAUGUACUGAUCAAAUCUCAAAAAGUUGCAAUGGUGGCAUGAAUUCUCUCCA